UCCUGAGCAUGGCGGGUCGCUACAGUUUGGAUCCUGGUCAGACACCUCGCACGAUUCUGCGGAGCGUGCUGGAUACAGUGGAUACGCGCUCCCCAAGGCAACGACGGAGUACUCAGACUAGUGCACAGAGAACUCCGCUUCAAACACUUUCCUCCAAGAGGCAGGGUAGCCGAACAAAAGCAACUGUCAGGAGGCAUUCCUAUGGAACUAGGUCAAUUGGAGGAUUGGCUCAUGUUCAAGCCCACGGGCACCUGGAGCAACAGACACCCCGGACUCUGCUGAAGAACAUCUUACUAACUGCCCCAGAAUCUUCUAUGAUGAUGCCGGACUCAGUGAUGAAGCCAGUACAAGUACCAGAGAUGGUAGAAUCCUCCAGACGGGAAAGCAGUCUGGGAAGCCUGGAGCUGCAACUUCCUGAACCGGAAGUCCCCUCAACCCUGGCUUCAGGUCUACGAGCCACUAGCAAAAGGAAGCAAAGGCUGAGGUUGUCAGUAUUUCAGCAGGAAGUGAACCAGGGGUUGCCUCUCGCUCCAGAGCCACCUGGGAAUGCUGAUUUUUCAUCCUUGGCCAGCUCCUUCAGCCUCAGCUUUGUCCCACCUCCUCAGUCACAGUCAGUGAAGAGACCUGGUCUGGCUCGCAGACGUCCCAAACGCCAACCUGUGGAUGUAGGUGCUCUUUUGCAGGAUCUGAAAGAUAAUUCUUUGACCUCAGCUCUUCCAGGUGACAACCAUAGAAGCCCUGUCGCUACUCUGCCAAUGGAUGAAGUUUUGGAAGACACCCAGCCUUUCUCACAUCCCUCGGCUGGCGGCUCCCUUAGUGUAUAUUGUUCUCUGCCCAACCCUUCUCCCUCUGGGGUUGAAGGUUCUGAAGGACUUGUGCUCCACAGGACACGAAGUGCUGGGACUGGGCUGCAGCACAUGAACAGAACUGGCUUGGGUACUACUCCUUUACCCUUCUCGGAACCACAGCCUCAGCUUCCAGAACUAAGAGAAGCAGUGGGAUCACAGGAAGCUGUGGAGGAGCAAGAAGGCUCUUCAGGGGUUGAGGAUUCUCCUGGCAGGCCAGCAAGUCCAGAGUUAGCCUGCGGCACCAAUGACUUACUCCAGGCUGAGCAGCCACAUCAGUUUGAGCCGCCCCCACCAUCUGCAGUUUCAGUGCUUCCAUCGAGGACCCGAACUGCAGGUCCUAGGCACCACCAAGACCCCUAUAAGGCUGGACUGAGCCACUAUAUGAAGUUCUUCAGCUUCUAUACGAAGAGGCCUGUGGAGAAGGCGGCUUUUGAGAUAGUGGAGAAGUGCCUAGACAAGCAUUUCCAGCACCUUUGCAAUGACCUGGAGGUAUUUUCUGCUCAUGCUGGCCGUAAGACCGUGAAGCUAGAGGACCUGGAGCUGCUGUUGCGUCGGCAGGGACUAGUCACAGAUCAAGUCUCGCUGCACGUGCUUGUGGAGCGGUACCUGCCCUUGGAAUACCGACAGCUGCUCAUUCCCUGUGCAUUUAGUGGCAAUUCUGUCUUCCCUGCCCAGUAGUGGCUAGGUCUGUAUGUUUGUCCUCUCCCUGCCUUGGACACCUUGGACUGACCCACACAAUCAUCAAGUUCUCCUUCUCAUCUCCUAGCACCAAUAAAG